AUGCACAGUCUUGCAGCCAAGAUGCCACGUUUAAUGGUACCAGGACUACAGAAUCUAGGCAAUACAUGUUUCUUUAAUGCUAUAUUGCAAGCACUAGCGUCUUUACCCAGUGUGCAUGAAUAUCUUCAAGAGAUUGAGCAACGCGCACGUGUUACACGGCGUCACAUUGCAUUCACUGGUGCUCUACGUGACUGUUUGGAAGCACUGACACCUCGAGAGGAACAUGAGUCAUGUAAAGUAGUUGCCCCACGAGUUCUAAAUGCGGAGCUUACAAGCAAACUACGAGCUUUUCGUGGCAAUAAACAGCAGGAUUCACAGGAAUUGCUACAGUUCUUGUUUAAAUUGGUUGGUAAUGAACAACAAAGCUGCUCGGUACAAGAUCGUGGACUGGUAGAUCUUACAGUGGAUGAUGUACAAGACCCUGCGACGUUGAGCUCAAUCAGUGAUCUUCGGUUAUCACAAGCAGUUGAUAAACGGAACUGGAACCCGCUGCAAGGUCUUCAAGUGAAUUUAUUGCAAUGUUGUCGUUGCCAUCGCUUCCGACCUCUUAAGAAUCAGCCGUUCUUGGACGUAUCUCUAUCUCUUGUAGCGUUAGGCGACCGAAACAUUUCUUGUCUUACGGACGCGCUGCAUAUGUACACAGAACCAGAGGUCAUUAAAGGGGUAGAAUGUAGUUAUUGCAGCGUUAUUGAUGAGCUCAAGGUCACAAUGAAAGAGUAUGAACAGACCAAGAAGGACGAAGCACGACUUCGGCAUGGCAAUGCUAGCAUUGUACUGGGCCUAGAGAUUGCGCAGCAUGAGCGGAAAGACUGGAUUCACACGCUAGAGCAGCUUGCUAACUCAUCAUUCAGCUUUGAUCUGGAACAACUCGAACGGCCGAUUCCGCGUAGUCGUAGCGAAAGCCACAAGCGCUUGCAGUUUUCGCGCAGUCCGGACGUGUUUUGCUUCCAUCUCAACCGAAAAGUUUACAGGAAGACUGGCGGUGCAGUCAAGCUGGAAAAUUAUGUGGAGUUUCCUCUGGAGCUUGACAUGAGUGUCUAUUGCCAAUAUGAACUGGACUCCAUUGCAGAGCAAGAACUAGUGAAUAGCGCUUCGCGACGAGGAAGCGGUCUCAUUCGGCAGUCUGGUACGUCUUCACUGCCGUAUAGCGAGGGCACGAAGCAGCAGUAUUUACUCUACGAUUUAACGGCGGUCAUUCUCCACCAUGGCAAUGAGCGCUGCGGUCAUUUCACAGCAUACCGCCGUGCCAGCCCAUCCCAGUGGUUUUUUGUCUCUGAUGAAAGCGUGCGUGAGGCUUCCGUAGCUGAAGUUUUAAGUAGCUGCGCGUACAUGCUCUUUUACGAGCGUAAAUGUCGGACGAAGAAGACAACUCGGAGUUCCGAGACGGAGGAAACAACAGAUGAUGAUGACAGUUUGCCGGAUGUGCCCUUUGAGCCCCAUUUGCUGCUACCAAAUGGCCGCUACUGA